CCUUGGUCACACCGACAAUCCCGCCAACCACCUCCAUGCCAGCUCUUCUUCCCCGCGACAUCGCUGACUCCAUCCCAUUCUCCACCGAGCACCUCUCAGACAUCAUCACGAUGUUCGCGCCGGCGUCCCUCACGAUGACCAGAGAGAUACGGUGGACGAUGGAGACCUGCGAGCACCCACGGACGCUGCCCGGCCAGAAAGCAGGCUGCGCCACCUCCCUCGAGUCCCUCGCUGAGCUUCCGGCGUCCCUCCUUGGGAGGAGCAAUGUCCGCGCGUUCUCCGCCGUGGAUCUGCCCAUGGAUGACCCGGGAAAACCUGCGCUUAGGGGGAGGUACAAGGUGACGGCUGCACGGAAGCUCUCCGGGUCAUCAUCUGAGGUCGUAACCUGCCAUGACCUGACCUUCCCGUACGCGGUGUACUACUGCCACACGUCCAGCCCUACGGCUGCGUACAUGGUGACGCUGGCGAGCGUGGAAUAGGGUGCCUCGCCGGCGACCAUGGAGGUCAUGGCCGUGUGCCACCUUGACACGUCAUUGUGGAGCCCGAAGAACCCGUUCUUCGAGCUGCACAACGUUAGACCAGGUGAUGUGGCCGUGUGCCACUUUCUCACUAAGCUGAGCAUUAUCUGGGUGACAGUCGAUGAGCAUGCCGACACACUGUAGAAGGAAAUGCUCACGUCCGGCCACACCCUACGUAUCUGUUUUAUGUUAGCUAUGUGGCCUAUGGCAUGAAUACGAUGUAGGCUGAUCGACGUGUAUCGAGAUAUGUGGUAUGAAAUAAUUGGGUGUUGCCAUCCGUGUGAUCUUAGUCAAA